AUGGUUGGAUUUGCUGAACUACCAAAGUCCACUCAUUCUUAUCUCCCACCUCCAACUCAUCGUCAGUUCUUCCUUGCCAAAUUUUCUUCAAUGAGCAAACCCACCAGUUCCUUCCUUGUUAUUCCCCCUGCAUGGCUUAAGGAGCCGCUUCUGACGCAAGCAAACACAUCAAGUAUUGUUCCCCAAAUUAUCAAGGUGGUUGAGGCUCUUUGGGAUUGGUACCACACCAAGUACCCCAAAGCGGAUGAGGAUGAGAGGAAUGGUCAGGAGGAGUCCUUGUGUAAAAUUAUUGUCACGUAUCUACGAGCCAUACAUGUCCUUCAACGCUCAGAGGACAUUGAUAUGCCUGCAAUCAUGGAACAUGUUUGCAUGGAAAUCGUGGAUACCAAUGCGAGGCAGUUUGCAUGGGAGGUACUGGAUGAGCCAGAGCCAGAGCAGGAGGAUGAGAUGGAGGAGAUCGAUGCUCUCUUGAUGAGCUGGGAGCCACCUGAGCCAUCUAGAGAUAAGGGAAAGGCCAAAGCGACUGUCGACGUUGUCAAAGCAGAGCGAAGUUCAGAGUCAGGGAAGAUGAAGGGAGAGGGAAGUUCGGAGUUGGGGAAGAAGGGUCGAAGUUGGGGACAGAAACGAAAGGAAGAAGAGGUGAUGGAGAAUCCAGAGGAGGCCAUGAACACGCAGGGGAAGAAGGCGAGGAUGCAAAGUGGAGGAAGUGGAGGAAGCACUGCAGGACAUGCUCCAACUCAGGACAAUGGGGACGACGACUACGACUUCACAGCAAUGGGUGCCAAAGUCACUCCCACAGUACCCCACUGCAAUCCUCCCUGUGAUCAAUGUGUCAGGUGGGGAGACCAGUGCACAGCGGAGAUGGGCAUUCGAGGGCAGGCAUGCGAUGCCUGUCAUGCAAAGAAGAGUGGCUGCAGUAAUGUGAGCACAGGCUGCUUCAAAGUCAACACCCUUAUCUCUGAUCCCCCUCCCAUGGAGGCAGCAGCUCCAUCCAAAAACAAAUCAGCAGGGGGAACUUCCAAACCACAGGGCAUGGGAAAGCCGAAGGUCAAGGUGAACGAAGUUGCGGGAAAGGUGAAGGCAACCAAGGCCAGGGGAAGUUCAAAGGCGAAGGCAAUCAAGGCUGGGGGAAGUUCAAAGCCAAAGGUGACAGCGGCUGGGGGAAGUUCCAAGCCCCCCCCACAAGCAGCCUUUGUCCUGGUUCCCGAGCACCAAACCACCGUCUAUGCACUAGUGGUAUACAAUCUUAUGAUAAAAACCAGACACAUGCCUGGAAGGCGAUGUGUAUAA